CAUUUCAAACAGCGGAAGAUUAACCCGAGCGGAAGAUUUUGUUUCCGGGUGAAAUUUCUCUCCAUGUUGUGCAGCGAGACGCUUUGGGAGGAACAACACUCCAACGUCGUACUUUGUUGAAUUUUUGUGUUACUUUGACGAAGGAGUAGGGGUUCUUUAGCGAGAAGUGAAUCAUAGGACGUCGAAGUUGGAAAUCAAAGAAGAACGCUCCGAUUUUCAUUUAGCACAAACACAUGGUAGCAGCAGGCACGAAGGAGAUUUUUCUUCAAACUCAUACCUCCUCAUCAUGGAAACCACACGAAGAACUGCAUAUGAUGCUGCUUUUAAGUUGAAGGCCAUCGACCUGGCAGUACUGGAGGGAAAUAGAGCUGCUGCACAUAAGCUCGGCGUAAAUGAAUCCAUGAUUCGGCGUUGGAGGCGGCAGCAGGUAGAACUCAAAGAAUGCCCAAAGACGAGAAAGGCUUUCAGAGGACAUGAAAGCAGGUGGCCUGAACUUGAAGAUGUUCUUGAGGAUUGGGUAAACACUCAGAGAGCAGGCGGCCGAGGUGUAUCCAACUUGCAGAUCCGGCUGAAUGCCAAAUCAAUUGCUCGCCAAAUGAAUAUUGACAAUUUUAAUGGAGGAUCGUCUUGGUGUUUGAGAUUUAUGAGAAGAAAGAACCUGUUCACCAGGGCACAGACAACUCUCUGUCAGCGACUCCCCCCGGACUAUGAGGAAAAAGUUACAAAUUUCAGACAAUUUGUUGAAACAAAGAUCGCAGAGAACGCCAUCGGACCAGACAACAUUAUAAAUAUGGGUGAAGUGCCAUUGGCAUUUGACAUGUCUCUGACCAAGAAUGGUGCAUCAUCCAUUUUGGAGAAAACCAACGGACACGAGAGGACACAUUUCACCUGUGUCCUGGGCUGCACCGCUUCUGGGAAAAAGCUCCCCCCGAUGGUGAUUUUUAAAUGCAAAACUACGGCGAAAGACCAACUCCCGAAAGACAUUGUAGUUAAAGUCAACCAGAAAGGACGGAUGGCAGAAAAUCUGAUGAAGGAUUGGUUAACGGAGUGCUACGGAAAGCGCCCAGGAGGAUUUUUUCACCAUCAAAAAGCGCUGCUUGUUUUGGACAGUAUGAGGCCCUACAUCACUGAUUCUGUGAAAGAGGUCAUCAAGAGAACCAGCACAGUUCCUGCUGUUGUUCCUGAAGGAACAGCGAAGUAUUUGCAACCCCUGGACAUCAGUGUGAGUCGAGCAUUUAAAGCAGCACUCAGGCUUGAAUGGGAGGCUUGGAUGAGCAGCGGGGAUAUAUCCGUCACUGAAACUGGCCGAAUGCAAAGAGCGUCAUUUUCUGAGGUCUGUCAGUGGAUCCUAACAGCGUGGAGAAGAGUGAAUGAAUUCACCAUCAUCAAUGGGUUCCGAAAGGCUGGACUGCUGCGUGAAGAGGGCACCACAGCUUCAGAGCCAGCUUUACCCUGGGAUGACAGCCACACGGAGAGUAGCACUGACAUAGAGACAAAAAAGUAUUAUGUUGAAAUGGAGCAGCGCAGGAAGCAAGAGAGGAACUUCAGUUCGCACCAGAAGAAAGCAGAAACUCUGCAGAUUAAAGAAGAGCAAGACGGGGAAGAACAUAAACAGAUAAGGGGGCAUCAGGAGGAACGAAAUCCCCCACUACUUAAAGAAGAGCAGCAGGAGUUUGAAGCUUCCCAAAUAAAAGAGGAAGAGGAGGAACUCUGUGUCAGUCAGGAUGAAGAUCAUCUUUUGCUGAAGUGGAAGACGUAUACCUUUGAGGUUUCUCCUGUAAAUGAAGAAAAAUACCACCUUGAACCGGACGAAAACCAACUGGACCUCCAGGAUGCUCCUGAAGCUGAGAACCAGGUUCAGGAAGAAAACGAUUCACAAUUUAGGCAAGACGAAGAUCUGGAACCAAAUGGGAAAUGUUGCAAAAAUCUGUUCUCUGGAGAAAUGCAUGAUGGGUUUUUUCCUCAAGAUGGCUCCAAGACGAAACGCAUGAGAAUUCACACAGCUCGCUUACAAAGCGUUUAUUUUGUGGAUGAACCGCGCGUAGAAGAGGAGUCGACAACAACGGCUGUAGGUGAGGCAAAGUUUGCUGAGGUUGAGAGCCUGGAGUCUCACCCGUGGCCCCACCUGAAGGACUACUUUUUUUUCGAGGCCAGGGAUAAGUCCAACGAAAAAACCCUCCACUUCCAGUGCGUCCUGUGCCAACCCAAGAAGAUCACCAUCAAGGGACAAGCGAAGAGUCUGUACAAUUUAAAGUCGCAUAUCAACCGGAAACAUCCGACGCAUGCCACCCAGUUCGAGGAGGAUAUCAAGGCCGGCUCGUCACGUGGGAAACACAGGUUAUCUGUUAGCAGCAGCGCUAGUAGCCAGUCAUCACAGCCAUGUGCAAAGAGAGCGCGGCAGCCCAGCUUUGGUGAGACUUCUUCCAAAACUGCUGGAACUGACGUCUGCCAGUCUAUGGUGGACAAACAGAUUGUGGACCUGUUUGUCCACAACAUGCUACCGUUACAUGUAGUGGAGUCCCCCACCUUUGUUGGCCUGAUAAAGAUGUUGAACCCCAGCAUGACGUCUAUGUCCGGCCGCACCCUGAGCAGGAGCAUCUUGGCCUGCCAUGAUCAACUGGAAGAGUAUCUCAUAAGAUUGCUUGAGGACAUCCCCUGGGUUGCGACCACUGCGGACUGCUGGUCUGCCCACAACAAGUCCUACCUGGGCUUGACGGCACAUUGGCUGGACCCAAAGACUCGCGCAAGACGGCACGCGCUCCUGGCCUGGACUCGGGUCAAAGGUCAUCACUCCUCCGAUGUUCUCGCCCAGGCCAUGCUAGUUACCCACUCCAAGUUCAAUCUGCAAGACAAAGUGACCAGAACCACGACGGACAACGGUAAAAACUUUGUGAAGACGUUCGUGCAGUUUGGUGCAGAAGCCGAGUUCUUGCCAAACAUUCCUGAAGCCGCUGCCGAUUCGGAAGAAGAUUGGAUCCAGGAUGUGGAUCCCGAGGCCGGAGGCGUGGAGUACAUCUCCGUUGAUGCCACCCUUGACAAGUCCAGCAACCUGGGCCUUAAACUGCCAACGCACAUGAAGUGUGCAGCUCAUUCCUUUAAUUUGGUAGCCAGCGUGGAUGCCAGUGAGGCUCUGAACUGCGCUCUAUUCAGGUCAGCCUACAGGAAGGCCAUGUCCAAAGCUUGGGCGCUGUGGAACCUGCAGAGCCGCAGCACGGUGGCGGCAGCCUGCAUAUUUGAUGCGUUGAAGAGGAGGUUGGCAGUCCCCACCGGUACCAGAUGGAACUCAACUUAUGACUCUGUUGUAGUCCUCAACAGCCUGCUUGAGAAAAACAGGGAUGCUGUGAGCAGGGUGAUGACACAGCUGAAGCUGCAGAACUUCACCGACUCUGAUGUCGGCUUCCUGAGUGAAUACGGGCAGGUGAUGUGUAACGUCGCCAAGGCUUUGGAUAAAAUCCAGGGGGAGGACCAGGCCUAUCUCGGUAGCCUUCUGCCAACAGUAGCAGCCACCGUGAUGAGGCUGAAGGAGGUCAAGUUAAAGCGUCUCCUGCAUUGCAGUCCUCUGGUGGACGCGAUCCUGGCAGGAAUCUCUAAAAGGUUUGGGCCCCUCCUGGAGGACCUGGAGUGCCAGCUGGCUGCUGCCUUCCACCCCAAGUUUCGUCUGUUCUGGUUGGAGCAGUUCCAUAACAGCCAGGUAGGCAGAGUGACCAAGGCAAUGGAGGCGGUCGUACAGACAGCCCUGAGCGCGGCCAGUGAGGAGGGCAGUGACACCCCCAGCAAUGAGGAGGAGGAGGAUGAGGAAGACGAUUUCUUCAGCAACAUCACUCGGUCCUGUGACGGCAGGAGCCACAGGUCGCUGAAGUGGAAGGCUCAGAACCUGGUGAAGACCUGGCUGGAGGCCGGAUCCAAGGACGCCAUGACGGAUCGGGCCUUUCUGGGCGAACAGGUCUUGAUCGACUUGUUCACCAAGUAUAACACACCCGUCCCGUCCAGCGCUGCCGUCGGGCGCCUGUUCUGUCAGGGCAGCGACGUUCUGAGGGCCAGCUUGUUGGAUAUUAAUUUUGAGAGUCUGAUGUUUAUGAAGGGAAACCAGCAUCACAUCGAGGACAUGACCAAGGCCCAGUUAGAAUAGUCAACUGCAAAAACACAAUGUUUUUACCAACUUUCUAGUCUAAAUAUGUUUCUAAGCUUGAAAUAAUACAAAACUAUCUUAUAUGUAACUUUUCAGCAAGCUAAUGGAUGUUUUUUUAAGUAAAUAUUUCUUAGUAUUGAUGAAAAAGUACCAGUUCCACUGGCAGAUUAUUUCACUCAUUACAUUUUUCUUGUGUUAUAAGAAAAACUAGAACAUUUUCACAAAUUUUAAGGAAAGCCAAACUCCUGAAAAGUUACUUAUAAAUUAGUUUUGUCUUAUUUCAAGUGUAUUAAGAUAUUUGCUCUACUUGGUAAAAAUGUAUUUUUGCAGUUUAGUUAAAGACACCUGUGAAAUAAAAUUAAAAUUUUAUUUUUUGUACUCUGUUUACACAAUUUAACACAUGCUUUCCUUUUGAUGUUUUUAAGCGAGUAAAGCUGUUUUGUUUCAUUUUUUUCAUUUACUUAUGCAUGUAAUCUCUUGUUUUAUUUUAAAUGGCAAAUAAAGCAACUAACAACAGUUACAUUUGAUUUUGUUCAUCUGUGUACGUCACUUGAUCUUGUCUUUUUGUGGAACUAAAAGGUACUGAAAUAAAAAUUAGGGUCAUUAUCAAUAUCCUGUAUUAAAAUUGCAGUUAUAGCCAAUAUCUAAACAUUUUAAAUACACAUGAUGUUUUACAGGUGCGGUCCUGAGAAUUCUGAAUCGAUUCAAAAUGCUCAAAAAUGUAUUUUAGCCUGCUUAAUUUUUUUGUAAAAAUUAAAUUUGAAUAAUUUUUCACUUAAGAAAUUGCCUUACAGCGAAACUAACCGAAAACUGAUGAUUUAAGUAACAGUUUUGUGCAACACCUUCCCCCCCUUUUUUAUGCUGUCCUCUCUUUAAACAGAAUCUCCUGACUGUUUGAACUAUUUAAAACUAUAAACUAUUUGUUUCAGAUUCAAAAGGUGGUGCAAAUAUGUCAUAGAGAAACAUUUGUGACAUUCAGUAGUGUGAACAUUUUAACAACAGAUGCAGUUUAUCAGUAAUGCUGAAAUUCUUUGUAGCUACGACUUUAUUUACAUGCAUCAAAAAGCAAAAUUUUACCUCCAUAUAACAUAAUUGGACAUUUCUCUAGUUGUGGCACAUUUGGUGAAACAUUAAAUAGUUUUACAAACGUCUUGAAAAACCUUUUGAGGUCUCCAGGCUUUGUUUCUGAACAUUGUUCAGAAAAGGAUUGAAAGUUUCAAAUCUUCAGUGAUGAAGACAUUUGGUGGAAAACUGGAGCCACGUUCUCCACCUGUGAUCCGCUCUAUUGCUGUAAAUGAUGUUUAUUCUGUACCCAGAAUGCAUUGCUGCAGUUUAAAAUCUACUUAUGUCCUGUGUGCUUUUCGGCCGAAGCCCUGCUGUGAUCAAUUAGGCAAAAUCAGCAACAGAGUUAGCAAAACUCAAGUAUAAAACUGAAACAAUGAGCGAAAAGUCUGUCCAAAGACUCACUUCCUGAAGUUCAACUGUACAGGUCAGGUACGUAUGAAAAAAACCCCCCAAAAAACAAAUUUGUCCCUGUUGUGUGAUGUUGGUUUAAAUGAAUGUGUUUCAAUUAUGUCACAUUUUAAUCAGCACCUUUCUGUGUC